CUCCGGGGCGGUCGAGGCGAAGCGGCUGCAGCGGCGGUAGCGGCGGCGGGAGGCAGGAUGAGCGCACGCGGUGAGGGCGCGGGGCAGCCGUCCACUUCAGCCCAGGGACAACCUGCCGCCCCAGCGCCUCAGAAGAGAGGACGCGGCCGCCCCAGGAAGCAGCAGCAAGAACCAACCGGUGAGCCCUCUCCUAAGAGACCCAGGGGAAGACCUAAAGGCAGCAAAAACAAGAGUCCCUCUAAAGCAGCUCAAAAGAAAGCAGAAGCCACUGGAGAAAAACGGCCAAGAGGCAGACCUAGGAAAUGGCCACAACAAGUUGUUCAGAAGAAGCCUGCUCAGGAGGAAACUGAAGAGACAUCCUCACAAGAGUCUGCCGAAGAGGACUAGGGGGCGCCAACGUUCGAUUUCUACCUCAGCAGCAGUUGGAUCUUUUGAAGGGAGAAGACACUGCAGUGACCACUUAUUCUGUAUUGCCAUGGUCUUUCCACUUUCAUCUGGGGUGGGGUGGAGUGGGGUGGGGGAGGGCGGGGGUGGGGUGGGGAGAAAUCACAUAACCUUAAAAAGGACUAUAUUAAUCACCUUCUUUGUAAUCCCUUCACAGUCCCAGGUUUAGUGAAAAACUGCUGUAAACACAGGGGACACAGCUUAACAAUGCAACUUUUAAUUACUGUUUUCUUUUUUCUUAACCUACUAAUAGUUUGUUGAUCUGAUAAGCAAGAGUGGGCGGGUGAGAAAAACCGAAUUGGGUUUAGUCAAUCACUGCACUGCAUGCAAACAAGAAACAUGUCACACUUGUGACGUUGGGCAUUCAUAUAGGAAGAACGCGGUGUGUAACACUGUGUACACCUCAAAUACCACCCCAACCCACUCCCUGUAGUGAAUCCUCUGUUUAGAACACCAAAGAUAAGGACUAGAUACUACUUUCUCUUUUUCGUAUAAUCUUGUAGACACUUACUUGAUGAUUUUUAACUUUUUAUUUCUAAAUGAGACGAAAUGCUGAUGUAUCCUUUCAUUCAGCUAACAAACUAGAAAAGGUUAUGUUCAUUUUUCAAAAAGGGAAGUAAGCAAACAAAUAUUGCCAACUCUUCUAUUUAUGGAUAUCACACAUAUCAGCAGGAGUAAUAAAUUUACUCACAGCACUUGUUUUCAGGACAACACUUCAUCUUUAGGAAAUCUACUUCCUACAGAGCCAAAAUGCCAUUUAGCAAUAAAUAACACUUGUCAGCCUCAGAGCAUUUAAGGAACCGAGACAAGUAAAAUUAUCCUCUUUGUAAUUUAAUGAAAAGGUACAACAGAAUAAUGCAUGAUGAACUCACCUAAUUAUGAGGUGGGAGGAGCGAAAUCUAAAUUUCUUUUGCUAUAGUUAUACAUCAAUUUACAAAGCAAAAAAAAAAAGGGGGGGCAAUCUCUCUCUCUGUGUCUUUCUCUCUCUCUCUUCCUCUCCCUCUCUCUUUUCAUUGUGUAUCAGUUUCCAUGAAAGACCUGAAUACCACUUACCUCAAAUUAAGCAUAUGUGUUACUUCAAGUAAUACGUUUUGACAUAAGAUGGUUGACCGAGGUGCUUUUCUUCGGCUUGAGUUCACCAUCUCAUCAUUCAAACUGCACUUUUAGCCAGAGAUGCAAUAUAUCCCCACUACUCAAUACUACCUCUGAAUGUUACAAUGAAUUUACAGUCUAGUACUUAUUACAUGCUGCUAUACACAAGCAAUGCAAGAAAAAAACUUACUGGGUAGGUGAUUCUAAUCAUCUGCAGUUCUUUUUGUACACUUAAUUACAGUUAAAGAAGCAAUCUCCUUACUGUGUUUCAGCAUGACUAUGUAUUUUUCUAUGUUUUUUUAAUUAAAAUUUUUUACAAAUACUUGUUUCAGCUUCUCUGCUAGAUUUCUACAUUAACUUAAAAAUUUUUAACCAAGUCGCUCCUAGGUUCUUAAGGAUAAUUUUCCUCAAUCACACUACACAUCACAAAAGAUUUGACUGUAAUAUUUAAAUAUUACCCUCCAAGUCUGUACCUCAAAUGAAUUCUUUAAGGAAAUGGACUAAUUGACUUGCAAAGACCUACCUCCAGACUUCAAAAGGAAUGAACUUGUUACUUGCAGCAUUCAUUUGUUUUUUCAAUGUUUGAAAUAGUUCAAACUGCAGCUAUCCCUAGUCAAAACUAUUUUUGUAAAAGACAUUUGAUAGAAAGGAACACAUUUUUACAUACUUUUGCAAAAUAAGUAAAUAAUAAAUAAAAGCCAACCUUCAAAGAAACUUGAAGCUUUGUAGGUGAGAUGCAACAAGCCCUGCUUUUGCAUAAUGCAAUCAAAAAUAUGUGUUUUUAAGAUUAGUUGAAUAUAAGAAAAUGCUUGACAAAUAUUUUCAUGUAUUUUACACAAAUGUGAUUUUUGUAAUAUGUCUCAACCAGAUUUAUUUUAAACGCUUCUUAUGUAGAGUUUUUAUGCCUUUCUCUCCUAGUGAGUGUGCUGAUUUUUUAACAUGGUAUUAUCAACUGGGCCAGGAGGUAGUUUCUCAUGACGGCUUUUGUCAGUAUGGCUUUUAGUACUGAAGCCAAAUGAAACUCAAAACCAUCUCUCUUCCAGCUGCUUCAGGGAGGUAGUUUCAAAGGCCACAUACCUCUCUCAGACUGGCAGAUCGCUCACUGUUGUGAAUCACCAAAGGAGCUAUGGAGAGAAUUAAAACUCAACAUUACUGUUAACUGUGCAUUAAAUAAGCAAAUAAACGGUGGCUCAUAAAAAUAAAAGUCGCAUUCCAUAUCUUUGGAUGGGCCUUUUAGAAACCUCAUUGGCCAGCUCGUAAAAUUGAAGCAAUUGCUCAUGUUGGCCAAACAUGGUGCACCGAGUGAUUUCCAUCUCUGGUGAAGUUACACUUUUAUUUCCCGUACGUUGUACAAUCAAAACACACUACUACCUCUUAAGUCCCAGUAUACCUCAUUUUUCAUACUGAAAAAAAAAAAAGCUUGUGGCCAAUGGAACAGUAAGAACAUCAUAAAAUUUUUAUAUAUAUAGUUUAUUUUUGUGGGAGAUAAAUUUUAUAGGACUGUUCUUUGCUGUUGUUGGCCACAGCUAAAUAAGACUGGACAUUUAACUUUUCUACCAUUUCUGCAAGUUAGGUAUGUUUGCAGGAGAAAAGUAUCAAGACGUUUAACUGCAGUUGACUUUCUCCCUGUUCCUUUGAGUGUCUUCUAACUUUAUUCUUUGUUCUUUAUGUAGAAUUGCUGUCUAUGAUUGUACUUUGAAUCGCUUGCUUGUUGAAAAUAUUUCUCUAGUGGAUUAUCACUGUCUGUUCUGCACAAUAAACAUAACAGCCUCUGUGA